CUUUGACCGACAGAUUCGGAGCUGGGAGACUGAUUGUCACGAUCUACAGAUAUCCCGCAACUUUCCAUUCGUCCGACACGCACAAAUUAGCAGCAUCAAGUACAGGUUUGGAAAGAUAUGGUAAGAGAUCAGUGCGUCCGUGAACUGGAGUUAGCGAACCGUUUAUGGAGCUGCAAUUGCCUCUUCCGAAUGAACGAAGCUAUUACCAAUGCUUUGACCAUGCCGCUCAAGCAGGGCUUUCACUAUGGCCCGCGGGUCUUGACUACUCUAGUACGUACAUCUUUUUUUUCGAAGCGAGCGACAUAUAACAGGCGGACACCCCAUGUUGGACGGUGAAGGCUUUUGGGCUCAUCCUCCAGCCGUUCUUUCUUGCUUGGUCGUUGGUGAAUAUGUCGUCUUCUGGUGACUAUCAAGUAGCCGCCUGUGCGGCUGGCUUCAGUCUCGGCUUUGGCUAUCUCACAACAGUAAGAGCAAUUCACCAAACCAGAGCCAAUCGAGCUCCAUGGCGGAGUGCCUACAUCUGGAUGAUAUGGGGAGAAAUACUUGCGAAUCUCUGUCUCGGGAUUUUGACAUGGCUUUGGCUCAAGGAUAUUGUCAAGAACGGACCUGUCCUUCUCUUUUUCAUUCUCUUUUUCUAUGUUUUCGAGGUCCAGUUUCUCAUGCAGAUCAUCAUCAACCGUAUCUCGAUCAUCUCUGAGCGCAAGGCCACUUCGCAAAAACUCAAGAUUGCAACUGCUGUCGCUAUAUCCUGCAUCAACGCUGCAGUCUUCUGCAUCUUCAUUCCUUCACAUCUGACACCCCCACCGAGCAUGGUGUUCGUCCACAUCAACAAAUACUGGGAUCGUUGUUCCAAGAUUCUCAUCAUGCUUGUUGAUGCCUUCCUCAACUGGUACUUCAUCUAUGUCGUCAAAGCUCGUCUGGUUAAGUACCAUGGUCUUCGCAAGUACAAGCCGCUUGUCGCAUACUAUACUCGUCUUGGUAUCAUCUCCGUUGCCAUGGAUCUCAUGUUGAUCGGAUUGAUGUCUCUUCCGAACGGAAUUGUGUUUGUUCAAUUCCACCCUGUAGCCUACAUGGUCAAGCUCAAUAUCGAAAUGUCCAUGGCCGACAUGAUCAUCAAGGUCGCAAAGAGCAAUGAGCAGGACAUGAACUUCAACUCUUCAUCACAAGGGACACCUUAUCCAGGUCAAACUCAACGAUCACAACAUAAUCACACCCUCAACGAAGACCACGACGACACAAAGAUUCCUAGCAACGGCGUCACCAACAACACUUUCAUCGGUCACACACAAGGAGACGAAGCACUCCGAGAAGACAUCAAGGGCAUUGCUCGCCAAACUGAAGUGCAAGUCUUCGUCGGUGACUCAGACAGCGAAAGUCGCUCCAUCGACCUUGAGCAGGGCAAGCCGUCCGCUAGGGACUUCACCCGCGACAACAAUCGCAACAGCCGUCUCUCAGACGAUUCACAGAUCCCUAUGCACGAUAUGAGGAGUCCUACCGGUCGUGCAGCAUAGUUGUCAUUCGUCUCCCUUUAAUUCUCUCGGAACAACAGUACUGCUUUCACUGUAUCAGAGCAUCCUUCCAUUACACUUCUUGUACAUACACUGUCAAAAUAUUCCUUUGUCUCCAAUCAUAUCUCGAC